AUGUCCGUCAACCUGAAUUCUCUUCCCACUCCAAAAACACAAAAGGCUACGAACAUUUGGUGUGACGACCCACAACGCGCCAUCCUUCAGCAGAUCAAGAAACAUACCGUGGGUCCUGAUGGCUACGGGCGCAUCAGAGUCCCUGCGAGAUACUAUCCUCCCGUAGACAAUGGCCCCAACACCAUCGUUGUUGUAAAAAACGCAAUCGGCACGAACAACCUCGCCGCCUUAUCACACGAGCUCCUCAAAUUCUUCGAUUCGGCUGCUGGGUACCGCCGUGCAGCCCUCUACGGAACCGCCAACCGCUUAAUAAUCGCACUAGUGGAAUGCCUCAAGUACCACACCGAUCCACCCAUGUUCAUCCUCCAAGCUCUGAUGGCACUCGGCGAAAUCGCCAAAACUCGUGAUCUCGACCAUGAAUUUGAACGGAUGGUGUCUCAGUUCUUGGUGGAUGUCCUUUGUUCACCGCCUUUCCCUCCCCCUGUCGACCCAACAACGCCUCCUCUUACCGACGAUGAGAUUUGUUUCUUGGCUGGCGACGAUAGAUAUGACAAUAGCAGUACUAGUGGUGGUACUGGACAGCCUUUUCUACUCGAUGGCAAUCACUCGUCGUUCGUCUUCGCCACCUCUUCAAGCACCAAUGAUACAAACUCCUCCAGCAACAGCAACUCGUCAACACACAUCACCAACACUACCAUCAGCACGUCCAUCAAAAAAACAAAGAACCAACGUCGUAAAAAGAAGAAGAUCCCAACCACCAGCGACGACGCUACUCUAUUUGAUCUCGGAGCAUGCGUUUCACCCCAACGCGGGGAGCCUUUGCUUUUGGAUUUCGCCGACUCUCCUCUUCUUGCUCAAGACACUCCUCACAGCAAGGCAGCUGUUCAAGGCAAGCCAUUCAAUAUCAUGGAUGCCAACAACGACAUCAUCUUCUUCAACCUCAACGACAUCCAACCCUCCCCUAUACCUCCAACCAAUCACCAAAAUCACAUCUAUCCUCCUUCAUCCGACAAUGCCCUUAGUCACCGUCACCUCUACUGGCUCAAGAAUAUCGCGUCUCAGGAGGCCCACAACUACUCCAUCCAGCCUCGGCACCACCAGGAAGCAUUGAACGAAAUCCUGGCUCAGAAGAACCCCCUCCAAAUCUUCCUUGCCAUCAACGCCUUUGAACUAGGCCCUAUCCUUCUCACUCAUUUAUUCAAUGCCAAUCAUCAUCAUGACCUGCUGCUCGACGCAAACAACUCCAACUAUGGAUCCUUGCUCAUGAUACAAUUGAUUGAACAAGGCUACCCGGAAGAAGCUGCAUCCUUGGCACUUCGAUUUCCCCUUUGUCGCAGCAACGGUAUCGACACAAAGCUGGUGGCUCGUCUUGUCGAGACGAACAAGCUGGGUUUGAUCCACGAGUUGAUCGGUGACAAUAAGGACCUCGGACGCUCAGCUCUGCACUCGAUCGACCGACGAAUGGCCGCUCAGAUUUGGAACUGGGCAGAGGAAGGGAUCAUCGAACUGGAUCAACUGGAUCCCUUUUACGCCGUCCAAUGUAUGAAGGAGGGCGCCGCCCAGGCCAAAGUGAUUAUAUCUGACGUCGACUGUGCCGCGACUCUGAUUCAGCUUGCUGGGUUAACCGAAUGCACAACAAACCUCAGCGUAAAGUUCGGACUCGACAACACGAUGAUAGCCCUUCAGAGCCUCAAGUUCGUCACAGACCUCUGCACCGUGAUCUCACUCCUCCAACAACAGGAGCAACAAUCAGACUCUUUGAAAACUUUGGCUUCAAGUCCCCCCGAACCUAUUUCAAUCAUGGUUGACGAUCCGUCGUCUCCAAGUCGCUACUCAAAAUAUCAACUCACCUGUUCCUGGAAAUUCUUCCCAGCCAUCAUGCAGAUCCUCAAGAACGAUGUGGCUUUGCAGCGAUUGGUCAUUUGGUACGGUGUCAGGACUCUGCGGGAUUCAAAGACCACAUGCUUUUUGGCAUCCAAGCUGGGACAGAGGGUGCACCUGGACAGAUGCCUCGAACAAGUGAAAGUGCAGUAA